AAUAGUAUUGCUAAAAAAAAUAUCUAAACAUCCACGAAGAUUAUUACAUUUAUAGAUGUAUAUCUACAAGCAUUACAUUAGACACUACAUUAAGUUUUGCAGAAUAAUCGCGAAUAAAUUUUAUAAAUUGAAAGUUUAACCAGUGCAUCUGAUACUAACCAGAUAAGAUAAAAAGUUGAACGUGACGCGAACAGGGACUCAUUAUCGGCUACCUCGUCCAUCGGCAAGUGAAAUUUCCUGUGGUUGUGCAAGGAAGUAGGUCGCAAAUACACGUUAAUGCGAAACAAGAACGAAGCCUGUGAGACAUUCUUUCGAAAGUCUUUCGGUGAGACCAAAGAUUCAAUAAGACCAAAGUUCAAGGCGACUUACUAAUUCUAAUAUAAAACCUAAAACAAUCAUUACUAAAGUCCAUGUAUAUACAAUGUGCACGAAGUAUGAUCAGAAUCACAAGUAGUUAUGUCCUUGAAUAUAACAUAUUUGCAUGUGUUAUACAAUAAGUGAAGUAAAGACGAUACUGCGUACGUUACCAAGAAUUACUACGGUUGAUUGAUCAGGCUGGUUUUCUCGCCGUAUGCGCGAACCACAAGUCCAUCCAUCCUGAAAGAUGAUCCUCAAAUGCUAAGAGCGAUUAUUAUUGCGAAAAAAGGAAAGCGUGUAAUUUGUAUUCGAAAGUGACACGCGAUGGGAGGAUGUGAGAUCGUUAUUUAAAAUCAAUGCUAAUCGCAACGUUCAUGCAGCGACACUGUUGGAAGGGAGUUGCCAAUGCUGGUUUCUGGAUAUUUAUUAGACAAAGGGAAUAAUGCAAAAGCAUUUGAUUAUAACUUGGAGCAUGCGGUGGUGUGAAAGUAAAAUUGGACAAUCUUAAUCGACAAGAAGCGCAAGAAGUAAAACGUGACAAAACUAAAGGAGUUUCGGAUGAUGGAAAUGGUGAAGGAAAAACCGCGCAGACGAAGUGUGAGCGAAUUGCUCAAUUGGAGAUGCCUAGCUGAAUGUAAGGGCGCCAUUGCUGGAAACGAAAAUGAUAGCGCAGGAAGACUUUUGCUAGAGAAUCGUAACGGAGAACCAGAGACGCGCAGGCGGAGACGAUCCGGUACUUGGCCAAGAACGAGAAGUCUAAACGCACCCAGUCCCGUUCAACACUUCGGGCGAUGUGGGGGUAUCAUGAAAACUUCUGUAACGGUUAUGACUAUUCAAGACCCGGCCUCUCAGAGGUUGACGUGGUACAAACCACCUCUCUCUGUUUUGGUUAUUAAGAAAGUCCGUGAUUCGUCAGUUCUAUUACCGUUUAUCCAGUUGGUCACAUGGUUGAUAGAGGCAAAACGAAUGGUUGUAUUUGUGGAAGCUUCUGUUCUGGAAGAUGCAGCCCUAGCCAGAGAUUCUAGAUUUCAAAGUGUUCGCGAUAGAUUACAAACCUUUAGGGACGGCACAGAUGAUUUGCAGGAUAAAAUUGAUUUUAUCGUUUGCUUGGGAGGCGACGGCACACUUCUUUAUGCCAGUUUGUUGUUCCAACAGUCAGUGCCACCUGUAAUGGCAUUCCACCUUGGUUCCUUAGGAUUUCUUACACCCUUCGAAUUUGAUAAUUUUCAAGAACAAGUGACCAAUGUUCUUGAAGGUAAUGCGGCUUUAACUUUAAGGAGUCGUCUGAGGUGCAUAAUUAUACGUAAGAAUGAAGACAGUCAGUUGACUGAACCACCAACAAAUCUCUUGAUAUUGAAUGAAGUUGUAGUGGAUCGAGGGCCCUCACCUUACCUUUCAAAUAUCGACUUAUUCAUUGAUGGCAAACACGUAACAAGCGUCCAGGGUGAUGGCUUGAUCGUGAGUACGCCGACCGGGUCGACCGCUUAUGCAGUUGCUGCUGGAGCCAGCAUGAUUCAUCCUUCAGUUCCUGCCAUAAUGAUCACACCAAUCUGCCCUCACUCUCUGUCCUUCAGGCCGAUUGUCGUACCUGCCGGGGUCGAGCUCAAGAUCUCGGUUUCACCCGACAGCAGAAAUACUUCGUGGGUGUCCUUCGACGGUAGAAAUAGACAGGAACUCUUCCACGGUGACAGUUUGAAGGUGACCACCUCUAUAUACCCGGUGCCUAGCAUUUGCGCAGCCGACCAAAUUACCGACUGGUUCGAUUCUUUAGCUGAAUGCCUUCACUGGAAUGUCAGAAAGCGACAGAAGCAUUUGGACGAGCUAAGUGAUCUCGCGCAUUCAUCGAGCAACGAUACCUUAGAUUCUCUCGAUCGAGAUAGUUAGAUCAAGGAGAACGUUUAUACAUAGUCAAAAUCGACAAUAUUUGGCCAAAUAUAACUCCGCUGAAAAUCAGAAUAAAAUCAAUUACUCGACUUUUCUAAUUAAUGUCGCCUUCAUCGAUUAAAAUUUUUCUAACGAAAUCUUAUUAAGUAUAAGGCAGCUAAUAAGAAAUUGUUUUGUUAUCAAUAAAGAUAUAAUCUAUGAGAUUAUCAUCUAAAAAACAUCUGUAUGUGAGAUCUACAGCUGGAGAUAAAGAUUACGUAAUUAGAAAAAUGAGCUGGAUCACAAUGAAUCUUAAUUUUCAAUAAUAAAAUGCAAAUUGUCUUCGGAAAGAAUACAUAUUAACAGCGAUAUUGUUUAAUUCGAUUAAUUAUUGUAAAGAAAUUAUAUAUUAUUAUUAAUUUGAACGCGUGCGUAUACAAUGUAUUUAUUAAUUAUUGCGUUCUGGUCUAUAAAAUGGCCCAUCGAUUUAAUUGAAUAUCUAAGAAUCUUUUUGUAUCUUUUGUAUCGAUAUCAUAUUACUUGUAUAAUACUUUUAUUUUCUAGCGUUCUUUAAAUUAAUAUGAUUUAUAUACGAAUGACUAUAUUCUUGCUUUUUUAUUUACUGAUUAUAAUGGUAAUCGAUCUAUAAAUCGAUUUGUUGCGAAUGAUCAAUUUUCCUAUAAAACGAAACUUUUUAAUAAAAUAUGUUUGUACAAUAU